AUGAGCGAGGAGAUGCAGCAGGAGAGCGUCGACAUCGCGUCCGCCGCGCUCGAGAAGUACAACAUCGAGAAGGACAUCGCCGCGCAGAUCAAGAAAGAGUUCGACCGUCGCCACGGGCCCACCUGGCACGUCGUCGUCGGCAAGAACUUUGGCAGCUACGUGACCCAUGAAACCAAACACUUCAUCUACUUCUAUGUCGGCUCCCUCGCCAUUCUCAUUUGGAAGUCAUAA